GGAACACUGGGGGCACUGGGAGGUACUGGGGGUCACUGGGAGACCACUGGGAGUACUGGGAUUCCUUAGGAGCACUGCGAGGUUCUGGGGGGCACUGGGAGUCCCUGGGAGCACUGGGAGGUACUGGAAAUACUUGGGUCACUGGGGGGCACUAGGAUUCCCUGGGAGCACUGGGAAGCACUGGAAGGCACAGAGGGGGCACUGGGAAUACUGAGGGCACUGAGAGGUGCUGGGAGUCACAGGAGCGCACUGGGGAUACUGGGAUUCCCUGGGACCACUGGGAGGCACCUGCAGUGCCAUGACGCCCCUUGUGCCGCUGCUGUGGCUAGUCCUGGCCGGUGCUUGGCUACCAUGUCCUGAUGCACAGCUGUACCCCACCACCCUGGUCCUGCCUGCCAGCAGCGCAGCACCGUGCCAGGACUCAUCCUGCCCUGCCGGAGCCAGUUGCACACUGCCAGAGGGAGUGCCCUGUGCCGGCGGCCACCACUGCUGUCCCCGAGGGUCUCACUGUAGUGCCGAUGGGGAAUCCUGCGUCGUGUCACCAGCCCCUCGUGCUGUCCCCUGUCCCGAUGGAGAGUCUGAGUGUCCUGACAAUGCCACCUGCUGCGUGACAGCCAGUGGCACCUGGGGGUGCUGCCCAAUGCCCGAGGCUUCAUGCUGCGCAGACAAGGUUCACUGCUGUCCCCAUGCCACCAUCUGUGACCUGGCCCAUGGGCGCUGUCUGUCACCUGACGGUGACGUUCCCUUGGGCACCACGUUCCCUGCCUGGAAGCGCCAGCCCCCACCACCUGCAGUUGUACUGCUCCAGGUGCUGUGUCCCGAUGGGCGCUCGGCUUGUCCCGAUGGCACAACCUGCUGCCAGCUGUCUCUGACUGAGUACGGCUGCUGCCCGCUGCAGAACGCCGUGUGCUGCGGUGAUGGGCAGCACUGCUGCCCGCAGGGCACAUCCUGCGACCUGGAGCGCUCCACCUGCACCUCCGCACCACUCCGGGCAGCCCUGCCCAAAGCUCAGGAUGUGAGGUGUGAUGAGGAGACGAGCUGUCCGGACGGGAACACGUGCUGCCGCCUUGCCUCGGGAGCCUGGGGGUGCUGCCCGCUGGAGCAGGCCGUCUGCUGCGAGGACCACAUCCACUGCUGCCCACAGGGCUCCACCUGCGACCCAUCGGGGGGCACCUGCCUGCAGGGUGGGGGCGGCCGCCUGCCCUGGCUGCGCAAGACCCCAGCGCUGGCCCGGGUCGGGGACGUGAGGUGUGACGAGGAGACGAGCUGUCCGGACGGGAACACGUGCUGCCGCCUCGCCUCGGGAGCCUGGGGGUGCUGCCCGCUGGAGCAGGCCGUCUGCUGCGAGGACCACAUCCACUGCUGCCCACAGGGCUCCACCUGCGACCCAUCGGGGGGCACCUGCCUGCAGGGUGGGGGUGGCCGCCUGCCCUGGCUGCGCAAGACCCCAGCGCUGGCCCGGGUCGGGGACGUGAGGUGUGACGAGGAGACGAGCUGUCCGGACGGGAACACGUGCUGCCGCCUCGCCUCGGGAGCCUGGGGGUGCUGCCCGCUGGAGCAGGCCGUGUGCUGCGGGGACCACCAGCACUGCUGCCCGCGGGGCUUCACCUGCAACGUGGCCACUGAGAGCUGCGAGAAGCUGGUGGCCCCCACCCCCCUUCUGCUGGCCACCAACCCCCCCCGCGGGGUCCGCAACCCCCCCCUCCGCGCCCCCACCCCGCUGCGAGCCACCAGCACCCCCUCAGGUGACACCGUCCCCUGCGAUGCCACCCGCUCGUGCCGUGGCCAUCAGCGAUGCUGCCGGAGCUCGGGGGGCUCCUGGGGGUGCUGCCCCUUCACCCAGGGCUCCUGCUGCACCAAUGGGCGUCACUGCUGCCCCGCGGGGUCCCGCUGCACCGGAGGGGGCUGGGGCUGCAGCCCCCUGCGCUGGGACCCCCCCAUACCCCUCAGGGAGCUGCUCUGAGGGCCCUGGGGACCCCAAAAAAGGGGUGAACCCC